CCCCAUCUCACCUUAUAAAUUAUCAUCACAAUUACACAUAUUUCUCUCAAUCUCUUCCUAUUGUUCUCAAGUACUCUAACACACCAUUCUUGCAGCUAUGGCAUCUAUCAAAGUCCAUGGAAGCGUGUUCUCGACAGCGGCGAUGCGAGUCUUCGCCACCCUCCAUGAGAAAGAGCUCCCGUACGAGCUUGUCCCCGUCGACUUGAGAGCCGGCGAGCACAAAACGGAACCAUUUCUCUCCCUCAAUCCAUUUGGUCAAGUACCCGCAUUUGAAGAUGGAGAUCUCAAGCUUUUCGAAUCAAGGGCAACUACCCAAUACAUUGCACACAGUUACAGUGGGUUCGCGCCCCCAUGUGAGCGCGUGGUGCUCGGAUAUCUCGGCAAGGCCAUCUUGGUUGAAGGUCAUAGACAUGAAAAACAAAAAAUGAGCAAUAAAGUCCAUCUCCACCUGGCCACAGUGUGGCAUUGCGUUUCUCUCUUUGUUUUGUCUUCAGUCCUGUCUUUCAGACUUGAAGUUCUUGUACUUAGUGGUUAACAUCAAAAAAAUUCU